AUGGCAUUGCUCGAUCACCUGUGGAAGACGCUCAUACUGCUUGUCACUGCUAUAAUCACGAUCGUCCGUUCAACACUCGCUAACCGAGGUCGCCGUAACGCGCAAAAGCAGGAUCCCGAUUCUCCCAAUGCCAUGAUGGUGGACCCUGUCGACAAUGCUACACAUGUCGUCGAUGUCAACGGCCCCCUUGAGAGGGACUCUGUGACUGAGAUCACGCCUGAUACACUCGCCGAUGAUGCUGAGCCGACGUCACCAAUGCCUUUAGCCAACGAUUUUGAGGCUAUCAAGGAGCUUGUUAUGACGCCGUUGCAGGAAGAGCCUAAAGUCUUGGAGGAUGCGUACAACACAUGGACAGUUGAGAAUUGGAGAAGUUUGUCCAAAAAGGAACACGGCCCGAUAUUUCAUGCAGGAGGGUUUCCAUGGCGCAUUCUACUCUUCCCCCAUGGUAACAAUACGUCAAACGUCGCGAUAUACCUUGAGCAUGGUUUUGAGCCAGACAAGAUUCCAGAGGACUGGAGCUGUUGCGUUCAGUUUGCGCUUGUUCUUUGGAACCCCAACGAUCCGUCUAUUUAUGCGCAUCACACGGCACACCAUCGGUUUACCAAGGACGAGGGUGACUGGGGCUUCACAAGAUUUCAAGAGCUUAGUAAACUCUUCAAUGUUCCCUACGAUGAUGCUACCCGGCCGCUGAUUGAAGACGAGACGGCCAACAUCACCGCAUAUGUGCGGAUCCUGGAGGACGAGACUGGUGUCAUGUGGCACAGUUUCGCCAACUACGACUCCAAGAAAGAGACGGGCUAUGUCGGCCUCAAGAAUCAGGGUGCCACAUGCUACCUCAACUCGCUGUUGCAGUCCCUCUACUUCACCAAUGCUUUCCGCAAGGCCAUCUAUCAGAUACCUACAGAGCAAGAAGAAAGCAUAAAUAACAGUGCUUACACCCUCCAGCGCUUAUUCUACCAACUGCAGACCUCAUCAAACGCCGUGGGCACAGCAGAGCUUACCAAAUCAUUCGGAUGGGAGACGCGGCACAUAUUUGAGCAACAGGACGUGCAAGAGCUCUCCAGGAAGCUCAUGGAGCGCAUGGAGGAGAAAAUGAAAGGGACUGGCGCCGAGAAUCUUCUACCAGAGCUCUUCAGUGGCAAGAUCAAAACUUACAUUUCUUGCAUACACGUUAAAUACGAAUCGAGCCGGAUCGAGGAUUUCUGGGAUGUGCAGCUGAAUGUAAGCAAGAUGGGCAAUCUGCUUAACAGCUUCCAGGAUUACGUCUCUGUCGAGAAGAUGGAGGGCGAGAACAAGUAUUUUGCCGGUGACGAGUACAAACUGCAGGAGGCAAACAAGGGCGUUAUUUUCAUGAGUUUCCCCGACGUCCUGCAUCUGCAGCUCAAGCGUUUCGAGUAUGACUUUACCAAGGAUGCCAUGGCAAAAGUUAAUGAUCGCUACGAGUUUCCCGAAGUGUUUGACGCUGCACCUUACCUCUCGGAAGAUGCCGACAAGUCGGAGCCUUGGAUUUACCAGCUACACGGUGUGCUUGUGCAUAGUGGUGACCUCAAUGCAGGUCAUUACUACGCAUUCCUGAAGCCAGAAAAGGACGGAUGGUUCUACAAAUAUGACGAUGAUAAGGUCACCAAGGCGACCAAGAGGGAGGUACUUGAGGACAAUUUUGGAGGACCCUUCCAGUACAGCAACGGCAUCCGCCCGCAAGGACAGAAGAAAGUCGCGAUGAGGCCUAACAGUGCAUACAUGUUGGUGUACUUCCGUCAAUCUCGGCUUGACAAGAUUUUGACGCCAGUCACGCACGAGGACAUCCCACGUCAUAUUGAAAUCGGAUACCUCGAGGAGGCAUCUGCCAGGGAGGCGAAGAGAAAGGAGCGUGAAGAGCAGCACCUCUACCGCUGGAUCAAAGCCGUCACCCCGUCCUCAUUUCAAGCACAUAGCGGGUUUGAUCUGACGAAUUUUGAUGCGGUCUCAUCACAGGCGACAGACCCUUCACCGGGUGCGCCCAAACUAUACAAGGUACUUCGGACGGCAACCAUGGAACAAGUCACCGAGAUCAUCGCCAAAGAUCUUGGGCAGGAUCCCGCGAGAGUCAGGCUGUGGUUAAUGGUCGGCCGCCAAAACAAGACAGUUCGUCCUGACCAGCCUAUCAUGGACUUAAGGCCGACCUUGGACGAGACUUAUUCAAGAUUAGCGACCCAGAGAGAAGAUUCCUUGCGCCUGUGGGUUGAGUUUGCUGAAGAGAUGGGUGAAAAUGGAGAGGCCGCAUGGCCAACAUACCAAGGCCCCUCGCCCACUGGUGUUAUCUUUAAGAAUGACUUGAUUCUUCUUUUCAUCAAGUGCUUUGACGCAGAAGCACAAACUCUUACUGGCCUUGGUCAUGUGUACAUCAGCAGGGAAAAGAAGGUUGACGACCUGUUUCCCCACAUCCUUAAGAAGAUGGGUCUGGAGAAGCUUCCUAGUGACGAAAAGAUGCUCCUUUGGGAAGAAAUCAAACCCGGAAUGAUCGAGAGCCUUAAGGGCAAGCAAUCGCUCAAAGCCGCCGAGCUGCAAGACGGAGACAUCGUGUGUGUCCAGCGCAAGAAGGACACUGGUUCACAAAACUUUCUUGAAAAGAGGUUAAGUGGUGACACUCGUGCAGCUGACGAAACGUCAAGAAAGACGGAGAACUUUGAGGAUGCAAAGGAGUACUACGAAUUCCUGGUCAACAGGAAAACGGUCAAAUUCAACGCACACCCCACAAAGUGUGACCCGAACGAGUAUCCACCAUUCGAGAUGGUCCUGAACUCGAAGAUGACGUACGAUCAACUUGCAGAGAAAUUAGGCGAACGUCUUGGAGUUCCAGAGACGCACUUGCGGUUCUGGACUCUUCACGGGACAACAGGACUGCCCCGAACAGCUGUUAAACGUGGACCGCAACAGACUCUGAAUACUAUCCUCAACCCUGCUGGGUUUAGUCAGCUUAACUCAGCGCAGCGCAAUGAUGCCCUUUAUUUUGAGAUUUUGGACAUGAGCCUUGCUGAGCUUGACACAAAGAAGAAUGUCAAGAUCACAUGGCUCAGCGAAGGGAUUGUCAAAGAGGAACACUAUGAUUUGCUUGUAACCAAGAGCGGCGUCGUUGAGGAUAUUAUUGAGGCGCUCAUCAAGAAGGCCAAACUCAAGUCCGAAGAAGAAGGCGGCGAGAUCCGUUUAUAUGAGGUUAAUGGCCACAAGUUUACGAGAGAACUUCCGCGAGAGUAUCCAGUCAUAAGCCUCAACGACUACCUAACGCUGGUUGCGGAGCGGGUACCGGAGGAGGAACUGGACGCCAAGGAUCAGGGCCAGUUUGUUUAUGCUUUCCAUUUCCAGAACGAGCCUAACAGGAUGCACGGCAUGCCUUUCAAGUUCCUGCUCAAAGCUGGAGAGCCGUUCUCGGAGACCAAGAAUAGGCUUGAGAAAAGGACUGCUAUCCGUGGCAAGAACUUUGAAAAAAUUAAGUUUGCCAUUGUGCGGCGAUCGUCAUACUCAAGACCUCAAUACAUAAAUGAUGACGACGUGUUGUGGGAUAUUGUUCAGCCAGACGAUGAGUACCUGGGUCUCGACCAUGCAGACAGGUCCCGGUCUUUGCGAAACGGCGUUGGCGACCUCUUUUUGAGGUAA